GGUAGCCCCAUCCCAGCCCGGCCGGAGCACCCAGCAUCAGCACCUGCUCCUUCUGUCCUCGGAGGCCAUGGGGCUCAGCGACGGGGAAUGGCAGCUGGUGCUGAGCGUCUGGGGCAAGGUGGAGGCCGACCUCGCCGGCCACGGGCAGGAAGUGCUCAUCAGGCUCUUUAAGGAUCACCCUGAGACCCUGGAGAAGUUCGACAAGUUCAAGAACCUGAAGUCGGAGGAGGAGAUGAAGGCCUCGGAGGAGCUGAAGAAGCACGGCAGCACGGUGCUCGGGGCGCUGGGGGGCAUCCUGAAGAAGAAGGGGCAGCACGAGGCGGAGAUCAAGCCCCUGGCACAGUCGCACGCCACCAAGCACAAGAUCCCCGUCAAGUACCUGGAGUUCAUCUCGGAGGCCAUCAUCCAGGUCCUGAAGGGCAAGCACUCGGGGGACUUCGGCGACGCCGCUCAGGGCGCCAUGAGCAAGGCCCUGGAGCUGUUCCGGAACGACAUCGCCGCCAAGUACAAGGAGCUGGGGUUCCAGGGCUGAGCCGGCCCCGCGCCGCCCGCCUAGGCCGGGCAGGGUGGGCGCCAACGCCCGCAGCGGUCCAGGGCGCCUGACGCGAGCUCGCUUGCUUAGCAGUGGAGGGUCACCGCCCUGGGCCCGCCGUCGGGGCCCUGCCCACUGAGGCAGAACCCAGCCAGAUCCCUCCGCCCUCCAGCCGUCCCCACCCUCACCCUGAAACCCCAGAGCCGCGCCAUUAGCUCCCCUGCCCUCAUCACAGCAGGAUGUCCCUUUGUGAGCCUCGCCUGUACCUUGGAGAUCCGGGCGACCCCCCGGGUUUUAAUAAAACACGUGCAACCUCCUA